AUGAUUAGCAAGCGUUUGAUAGCUGGUAGUCGAAUUUUCGCCCGUGGUUACAGGCCAGCUGGCUUCGAAUAUAUCAAUCCAAUAAAUUCCCGGGGUCCUUUAAAAUAUGGCAAGGAUUCACCUCAAUACAAAGUUCUUUCGCACACCUUGGCGAAAUCAGUACCAAUGUAUGGAUUCAAUGAAAGAGCCAUCGUCAAUUCCUUGAAUGAACUAGGUUAUCCCUCAACAAUGUUAAGCGUCAUCGGUUCUUCGAAUGGUCCUUCCUUCUUCCACUCAUCCCCAGCUCUGAUGGAAUUACUCAAGUUCCAUUUGGUAGAUAAGAGACUAAAUUUGACUGAGAAUAUCUCACUUGAGACCCCCGUGGAUCAAUUGCCCUCGUUAGAACACCUAGUGAUCAAGAGGCUCGAGAUGAAUGUUCCAGUUGCCAAACAUUUAUCCCAGUUGUUGUCCCAAUUGUCAAUUCCCGGACCAUUUUUAGUGGACUAUUCGAUGCCAGAGCUGCACAGGUUAUCCGAUGACAUGAUUUAUUUUUCUACUGAGAAGGAUCACAAUGAUUUUGCCUGGUAUUCCAAGAGAUUGGCUGUUAGUUGUGCCUACGUCAGUAGCGAACUGUUUAUGGCACAAGAUAGAUCUCCUGACUAUAAAGAAACUUUUGAAUUUGCCAGAGAAAAGUUACAUCGUGUAUCUACGUUGGGUGAGUACUACAACAACACCGAAGAGUUCGCAUGGUAUACCCUCUUAAGCACUAUAAACUUGGUCAAAUCUCAACUAGCUAGAGGAUGA